UCUUUCCUUGUUUCUAGUAGGGCUUAGGGAAAAUUAAUGUUGUUAAAACUGUUCUUUAGUUUUAACGCCUUGGAAUAAAGGAGGGUGUGUAAAACUGAAGUCUCAAAAAAACCUGACCUCCAUCAACGCACUGAUUGUAAUUACGUUACAGAGAAGAGGGAUCUUUAACUCUCUCAUUUCGAAGGAAACAAACCACCAUUAUAAAAGCAUUGCUGUUGCAAAGGAAAGUUCCAGUUCAGACAUGGAAGUUCACAUCCAAACAAGAAAGUUGAUAAAGCCAUCGAUUCCAACUCCAAAUCACCUUAGAGAAUUGAAGUUAUCAUGUUUUGAUCAGAUUGCUCCUCCAACAUACGGUUCAUUUGUUUUCUUCUUUCCUGCUGAUAGCUCUAUCAGCACAUCCAGCAAAGAUGAAAGGCUAGAAAAGCUACAAAAUUCACUGUCGGAGGUACUAACCUGCUUUUACCCUCUAGCUGGUAGAUUAGAUCAAGAUAGGAACGUCAUUGAUUGCCAUGACCAAGGGGCUGAAUAUUUGGAAGCUCAAGUGAAUGCCAAUCUAAACCAAUUUAUCCUGGAAGAGCUAGACUCUAAAUUGCUGAAUCAAUUAAAUCCUUUCCCGAAUGAGCUUGCCUUUACUCCAACAGUCCUGGCGGUUCAAAUCAACAAAUUUGAUUGUGGUGGUUUAGCUAUUGGUGCCAGUCUUUCACACAAGUUUGCUGAUGGAUUUACAAUAUUUACCUUCGUAAAUGGAUGGGCUACUUGUUGCCGCAUAGGUGUAGAUAGAGUGAAAUGUUUAAGUUUUGAAAGCGGAUCUCUUUUGCCUGCAAUAUAUACAGCUACGGAUAAAAUUCCAGUCCCAGAUGAUAAUUCAGAAAAUCUUAUCACAAGGAGGUUUAUUUUCCGGGAAGCUGCUAUAUCUGCUCUCAAAGCCAAAACCGUUGCCUUGGCUGGUGAUUCACCACAUCAAAGCCACCAACCUUCCAGGGUGCAGCUGUUGAUUGCCCUCAUAUGGAAGGCACGCAUAGCUCUGGCUCAAGCAAAACAUGGGUCUUUAAGGAAUUCAUUACUAAUCUUUCCUUAUAACUUUCGUCGGAAAACAGCCAUACCUAUACCACCGAAUGCUGGAGGCAACCUAUUCAGGAAUGUCACUGUCCGAUUUACAGCAAAUGAAAGCAAGCUGGAAUUGCAACACUUGGUAAAUCUAGUGGGAAAUGAACUAAGGCAUGCUGCCGAAUCUUUUGCAAAGACAGAACAAGCUGGGGAUUUGUUCUUGUCCGCAACAAGUUCCUUGAGAAAGAUCCAUGAAGAACUAAUCAAAGUGAAUACAGAUAUUUGUCUCCUUACAAGCCACUGUAAAUUUCCCUAUUAUGAAGCUGAUUUUGGUUGGGGAAAGCCUGGUUGGAUAGCAAGUACUCAUAAGCCUGGAGAAAUGGUUUUGUUGAUGGACACCAAGUCUGAUAGUGGAAUUGAAGCAUGGGUAACCUUGGAACCAAGCAACAUGCGUCAAUUCGAGCAAGAUCAUGACAUUUUGGCAUAUAGUUGCAAGCCUGCAGAAUACUACUCUUAA